AUGCCCCCUCAUCCCAAUGGGACCGAGUCCCCCCAACAACACCGCAUUGGCGAACACUGGAGCGGACAUAACCCCGUGCCAACGAUCCAUAAAUUCCUAGAGCAUCUCGAAAAAGACAAGCAAGACCGGAGAAUCCACGAGGAGGCGCUAACAGCCAAGGAAAAAAGAGAGCAAGAAGCGAAAGAGGCGAGACUGAAAGAAGGAAAAGGCGAAGAACAUGGAGAUGUCGCGCCUCAUCGACCGCGGAAAGUGCCCAAGGGCAAGACUAGGAUGGUGACGGACCCGACUACGGGACGGGAGAUUGAGGUCGAGGACCAGGAUGAAGAUUCUAUGGACACUGUGAAGAAUCCGAUGUUGGUGGUUCCUAAUGCCAAUCUUGGGAAGCCAACGGAAGCCAAAACCGAUCCCAGCCAGAGCUUGGCCGAUUAUAAGGAGAACCAGGACAUCACCGCACCCCCGGACCCCAUCGCAGAGGGUACCACCUCGGACGUCCCCAUCCAUGGCGAAAAAACCAAUGUUCUCUUCCAUCCUACGCCCACAGUAUCCUACAAACCGAUGUACGACCACUUGCAUAAACGGGGAGCCACUUUGUGUAUCGGAAUUGUGGUGGGCAUUAUCUUCGUAGGCCGCAUGUUCGGUACCUCGCUAUGGGGUCUGCUUCCGCUGGCCGCCGUUAUCGGAAGUGGCGUAUGGUUGUGGGUGGAAGAAGUUGUCAGGAGUGGUCGUGAGAUGGAAUGGAGCAGCGAGCAAAUUCGAGGCCAAAUGGCAACGGCGAAUCUCCUGCCAGAGUCAGUCGAAUGGAUGAACAGCUUCCUUGGUAUUGUCUGGGGUCUAGUAAACCCAGAAAUGCUGUCCCCCGUUGCCGACACCAUCGAAGAUAUCAUGCAAGCAUCUGCACCAAGCGUUGUCGAGAAUGUUCGCAUUGCCGAGAUCGACCAGGGAAACAACCCCAUACGGAUUCUGAGUUUACGGGCACUCCCAGACGAGCAUGUGCAAAACCUCAAGGAAAACAUACACGAGGAGAAUGUUAAGAAUAAAGAUCCCCAAGAAGCGGCCGCUAUAGAGGAGGGCGGCAGUCAUUACAACAUUGAAGUCUCGUUCGCGUACCACGCCAAGCCGAGUGACCAAACUGCGUCAUCCAAAGCUCGCAACAUGCACAUGCAGCUGGUAUUCUACCUGGGAAUGAAGGGCCUUUUCGGCAUUCCAUUUCCUGUUUUUGUCGAGCUCAUUGAGAUGGUGGGCACUGUGCGUGUGCGACUCCAGAUGAUGCCCGAGGCACCCUUCAUGAAGGACAUGACAUUCAGUCUGGUGGGGAUUCCUCAUAUCAAGGCUGGUUGUAUGCCCAUGGUCAAAGGAGGUGUCAACAUUCUGAACCUGCCCCUGAUCUCCAAUUUCGUCAACUACGCCAUCGGAACGGCAUGCAGUCUGUUUGCGGCCCCUAAAUCGAUGACCAUGGAUCUUAGCAUGAUGCUAAAGGGCGAUGAUAUUCUCAAGGAGACGCAGGCCCUGGGUAUCAUGUGGGUUCGGAUCCAUCGUGCGGUUGGAUUGAGCAAGCAGGACCGACGUGGCAGCUAUGGUGGAGGCAGUGACCCUUACAUUAACCUUUCUUUCUCGAAGUACGGGAAGCCCAUGUAUUGCACACGGGUGAUAACGGAUGACUUGAACCCCGUCUGGGAAGAGACGGCCGCGUUGCUUGUGACCCCUGAACUGAUCAAGGCCGACGAAAGUCUCAGUGUUGAGCUCUGGGACUCUGAUCGCAACACCGCCGAUGAUAUCGUUGGGAAGGUCGAGCUGCCGAUCCGAGAGAUGAUCCAGCACCCAGGCCGCAUGUACCCGCAGGUCUCAAAGUUGCAAGGCCUCAGCGAGGGUAGUGAGAUGCCGGGUGAACUGCAUUGGGAAGUUGGAUUCUUUGGGAAACCGAGACUGCGACCGGAAUUGAGGACCGACGGCAAGAAGAAGGAUCUUCCUGAUAACUUCAAGGAUAUCCCUGAGUUCCAAGACGAGAAGGGUGUUAUCACUAAUGAGGAGGAAGACGCGGUUGUGCACACGCCUCCGGAUCCUCUUUGGCCCAGUGGAAUCUUGAGCGUCGUGGUCCAUCAGAUCGUCAACCUCCAGCUCGCUAAUAUCAAGGGAAGCCAUUUUAAAAGUGGAAAGGAAUACGAGCCAGCCAAGCCGUAUGGAGAGAAUACUGAAGAGCAGGGCAAGGAUCUGCCCACCAGCUACUGCAAGAUCGUUCUGAACGACCAAUUGAUUUACCGCACUCGAGCCAAGGCUGUCAGCUCCAAGCCCAUCUUCAACGCCGGAACUGAAAGGUUUGUGCGCGAUUGGCGAUCAGCUAUCGUCACCGUCACCGUUCGAGACCAAAGAUACCGGGAACAUGACCCAAUUCUAGGAGUGGUCCCGCUGAAGCUCUCCGACCUCUUCCAGACGAGCUCGCAAGUCACCCGAUGGUAUCCUCUGGAUGGCGGCAUUGGAUUUGGGCGCAUCCGAAUCUCCCUCCUCUUCCGGCACGUCGAGACCAAACUUCCCCCCCAAAUGCUGGGAUGGGAUGUCGGCACAUUCGAGUUUGCCUCCGAGAAAAUCAUCGCUCGCGGAGUCCACCAGCGUUCCAAGAUUAAGCUACGCACUGGGGGCAGUAGCGGCAAGAUCACCCGACAUGUGUGCUCGAUCGAUGGGCCGGAUACAGUCUGGAACCUGAACUCCCUUCGCAACAACGUCCUUCUUCCCGUGAAACACCGCUACCGCUCGCCAGUGGUCUUUGAAUUCCACGCCCACGGCAAGCACCACGCCACCGGAUACGCAGUCCUGUGGCUCCAGCACAUGGUCGACAAUGAGGAUAUGCCCAUUGACAUCCCGAUCUGGGCGACGAAGAACGGCAAGCGCCUUACCCAGAACUACAUCACCGAGGACAACUGGGAGAGCAAACGCGAGCCGGGGCUCGAAGACAUGCACGAGAUCGGCCGACUCCAGCUCACCGGCCGCUUCAAGCCGGGGAUCGACGAAUCACACGAGCAAUUCGUCGUCGACAACCAUUCCCGCGAGACCUUCGAGACAUGGGAGGCUUGUAUUGCCGAGGGCGUGCGGACCCGCGGCGUCUCCGUCGAAGUGCCUGAGGAGGUCGAGCGCCUGCAUGAACAAUCCCUGGUCAACGGCCGCGACGUCCUGAAGCACGCCGACUCCCGAGAGCGCCGCCAAUGGCUCGACAAGCAGGGCCAGGACUGGAGCGGUGCAUUUGGCCACGACCCGCGCGCCUACCUCAGCGACGAAGGCAAGAAGAUCGCUGAGCCGGGACGCGACGAGCCACCACUCCAUCCGACCAACCCUCCGCACGCCGACAUUGAACACACCCGGGUCGGAAGUGAUAGCACCUCCGGCGAGUUCGAGGACGCCGAACAUCGUCCCUCACACGAGCAGCAGCCCCAGAAAUCCUCCACCGACAGCCGCAGCCGUCCGUCGACCGGUGUAUCGGCCGACACCUACCCCUCGUCCACCGAACCGAGCAGUUCCAGCAAGCCUUCCUCCGAGGGAAGCGAAGCCGGGCCUAGCGAAGGACAAAGCGACAAGGCCAAUCGACGAAGUGAGCAGCGCCAGCAGCGAGGCAUGAUGCAGUGGAAGCCUGCGCGGAAUGUGGUGUUUGCACGAGACGAGGCCAAGUUCGCGAUGCGCAAGGUGCGUAAGCGUUUCACGGGAGACUUGACAGGACGGGAGCCUGAUAUUGAGACGGAGACGGGGACUUGA